UUGAACCAUUGCAGCCAUUGUACUUUAGAGUUGAGCCUGUCGAUGUCACCGUGAAACGUGGCGAGACGUUCACGAUGAACUGCUCCGUGAAUCAGAACGAUGCAGACUAUUUUUGGAUGAGAGACGAAGAGGCGGUAAGCUUCUCCGAUCCUUUGAAAACAAUUUUACCGACCGGUUCUUUGCAAGUAACGGUACCAGCUGUCCGGCAGUCAACAGAUACCACCUCUGGCAGCUACCAAUGUCAUGCCACAGUCAACGAGAACACAAUUGUAAGCCAAGUUGGGAAUGUUCAAAUAGCAAGUCUCACUAUUAGUGGAAGCUCAAGCAAUAAGAAUGCAGAUGUUGGUGACACUGUGAUAUUACAAUGUGAAGUUCUAAGCCACCCCAAGCCAACGAUUAAUUGGAUAAAAAGUGGUACUAUAGUUGAUCCUGAGCAGAGUGAUGCUUUUGCAAGGUUUGCCAUCCUACCAAGUGGCAACCUCGAGAUCAGAGAUGUGCAUACCUCAGACUCUGGUGUAUACCACUGUCAGGCAGAGAACAGUAUGGCAGGAAUCUCCAAGACUGGCUCUGACAUCACUCUCACUGUCAAUGAUGAUGGCAUUCCCCCAGUAGAAGACCUCUCUUUUAUCGUAUCUCCUCCAAGGAAUGUCUUUGUGAAUCUUGGAGACAGCAUUGUACUAGAGGUUGCUGUUGAUGGACCUGCCACAUUUACAUGGUUCAAGAAGAAUGAAGAAUUGUUACUUCAAUUUGACAAUCACUAUUCGCUGGUAGGUCAAGGAAACCUUCGUAUUCAAAAUGCUGUAGAACUGGAUACAGGUUUGUACAGAGUACGUGCAAGUAAUAAUUUAGGAGAUGUGGAAGCAGAGAUUCAAGUUACAGUUAGAGUUCCACCUCGCUUCGUAAAGCGCCCUCAGUCAGCGUAUGCUCGAGAAGGGUUGAGCACUCAGUUUGAAUGCAGCUGGUACAGUGUUCCACGGCCGACCAUAACCUGGCUUAUGGACGGUGACCCGAUUCCAAAAGAGAACGCUUUUAGGAUAGAACGAAAUGGAGAAGUUGGAGAGACGUUGCGUAUUAUCGGUGUCAAGCAGUCUGACAGUAAAUACUACCAGUGUAUUGUCUCAAAUGAAGUCGGUAAUAUCAACGCUGUUGCGCAACUGAUAGUUGUUCCAACAGGUGUACCAAUUCCGUCCAUCCCUCUGCCAUUUAUUUCCACUACUGCAAGAGUGAAUGUUCCAACUACUUCGCCCCAAAAUGCAGGACCUACAGCAGCCCCGGGCGCUCCGGUACCCAGCGUUCCCGAAUCGGUUGUAGAGACAUUGGUAUCCACACGUGAGAUUUCACUUGGAUGGAGGUCACCACGAAACCCAAAUGGAAACAUUUUGACGUAUACAGUCAGGAUUGGCGAACCCGGAAAAGACAGACCUAGAAUCAUCAAUACAACAGCUCCUGCAUUAACUUCUGCCACAAUCAAAGACCUCAUUCCAGACACACUCUACGAGUACUCCGUGUGCGCAUGGAAUAGCCAUGGGCGUGGAGAAUGCACAACAACGGCAACUGUCAAAACACAGCAAGAAUUACUACCUCCCUCUGAACCAAUGAAUUUGGCCGUCUAUAUUCUGUCCUCAACAAGCGCCCGGCUAACAUGGACCAGCUCGGAGGUCGGAGCCAAUACUGUGAACAAGUACAAGAUCUACUUCCGUACCACAGAUAACCAGGAACCACCGAACGUACGGGAAACAACCAAUGUACAAGAUCUUACCUAUGAUAUCUUAGGAUUGAGGCCUAAUACGAAUUACACGUUUUACAUUGGUGCCAUGAAUGUACACGGGGAAGGGUUGCCUUCAGCUGAAGUGACACGCCGCACCUACUCUGAUGUGCCAAGUGAAGCGCCCUCUGGAAUCACAAUCGAAGCUAUUAGUCACAGUGAAGCAAUUUCUCCGAGUGAGCUGAUGGUCUAUUGGGUGCCCCCACCACCAGAAACUACCAAUGGCGAAAUCACCGGAUAUCGUCUACGGUACCGCAAAACUCAGAAUUCAGGAGGGGCAAACACAGUGUCGGUUACUGUAGUUUCUCAACACCGUCUCGGUGACUUGGAUCCAGAUACGGAAUAUGAAAUAAAACUUCUGGCUGAGAAUAACAAUGGUAGUGGCCCCUAUUCCAAUUGGGUGACGGGUAGGACAUUGCCGGUCAGUUUGGUGACUGACGCACCAGAUGAAUCUCGUGUUCCACCUGAACCGAGUUCAAUAACCUGCUACAAAUAUCCCAACAGUAUCGCGGUGUGGUGGUCACCCCCAUUAGACAAAAGCAUAAAAGUGAGUGGGUAUAUACUCGGCUAUGGUCCAAACAUCCCCGACGUUGAAAUGAAAAAACUUAGUUCGGACAGCCGUCAUUAUGUUAUCGAGAACCUGGAACCGGCUAGCUCGUAUAUUAUAAAACUCCGGGCAGUCAACAAAGCGGGCGAAGGAAAAUCAAUUUAUGAAAUAAUCGAUCAACAUUCAGAGUCAACUUGUGUAUGUUACAAUUGGCUUCACUCCCUCCCCAAAAACGCCACAUUUCGUCCACGUUGCUGUGACAACGGAGAUUUUAAGGCGCUGCAGUGUUACAACCCAAAUGACUGCUGGUGCUUUGAUGCGAAAGGGACGGAAGUGAAAGGCUCGCGGGGUCCCCAAACAAAGACUGAGGAAGAUUGUAAUAGACCCGAGGCUUGUCUCAUGACGAGAACAGUCGAUUGUGGUGGUCCAAUUACACCAACAGAUGCACCAAAAUUAAAAACGCCGCUAAAUGUACGAGCACAAGCACUUUCAGAGUCGGUGAUAAUGGUGGAGUGGCAAGGGGAUACUAGAUUUACGUACACCGUCCGUUACAAGGCAAACUUCUCGUCUUCACGUUACAAGUUCAUCAAUACAUCAUACUUCUCCCUAAACGUGCCCGAGCUGAAACCAGAUACCAUGUACAUCUUUGAUGUGAUGGCAAACGAAGGGAGAAGAUCAAGCGAUUAUAGUAUCGAGGCUUCCGCCAAGACAAAGGAUGCGACUCCGACGUCGCCACCUAUGAAUGUUAAUGUGGUACCAGUUCCGAAUUCACCCACAACAAUGCAGGUUAAUUGGUUGCCUCCUAGCCAACCUAAUGGACUAAUAACAGGUUAUGUUGUGUACUAUUCCACUAAUGGUGACUUAAAGCCAAAUAAAUGGUCGAAAGAAUUUGUGGAUGGUGACGGGAUGACCACAUUGAUUCAACCUUUGACCUGCAAAACUAUGUAUUAUUUUAUGAUGCUAGCAAAAAAUAGGAAAGGAGAGGGACCACUCUCACCCAAGACAAGUGUAAUGACCCCAGAAUGUGAACCAACUGCAGCAAUAACAAAUGAUAAUAGACAAACAACAGUGGAUACUGUUACACAAGCUGCCAUUAAAAGUGGAAAUGUGGAUGAAGCCACGAUCCCUCGCUGGUUGUGGUUCCUUAUCAUUGGCAUAGCCUUCCUAAUUCUCUUCCUGGCCAUCCUUCUCAUCCUCUGCAUUGCCUGUGGUUGCUGUGUCUGCUGUGCUGAUCUGUGUCCAUGUUUUGCGUCCUGCUGUGCUGGAUGCCGGUCCUGCUGGGCUGAAUGCUGUCCCUGCUGUUGUGCGGCAGAGGAUAAGAGCAUGACCAAGGUUAUGUACCAGAAACCACCUAGUGGAGAUGGACCAGAUGUUGUGUUCAACAUCCGCAAUAAACCUUUAGGAGAAAUGUUGCCACUAAGAAGUGAUACAGAAAUUGAUGAAUCUGCAUUUAUAGCAUCUGAAACAAAAGGUGCAUUGGAGGCAGCUUACACUGGGAUGCUGCUUAAUGGAGGCAUUAAGUCGAGUAAAAGUGGAAGCGUGACAAGUGAUCAAGCCACGUUCAGCUCAGACAAAGUUAAUAAGUAUGAAGGGUCAACAUCAUCAUAUGUGUCAUCAUGCUACAGCUCGUCAAUGGAGUCAGAUGUGCAUUGUGCAAGCACACUUAGAAUAGAGGACAAAGAUGCACGAACCAGGAAUCCAGAUGGUCAUCUUAGAAGCGGUGGAGGGCAUACAGGCACCUGGUCAAGUUCUCAUGGCUACUGGUCUGCAUACCCACAAUCAACACCUACUACCAAUUCUCGGUGCGCACCUUCUAGCUUGCCACCUCCCCACCCCAUCUAUUGCCCCCCUUCCUCUGGCUAUGGUAGUUUGAAUGAGCCAAGAGUCAAAGCACUUAGCACUGCGCAUGCUGACAUGGAGAUGGAAACAGCAACCACAAACCAUGUUACUUCCUCUCAUGUGUCAAAUGGGUCCGCUAAAACUGAGUUUAUACCGCUGCAAGCUUUGAGCGGGAAGAUAAUUGGUAUGUCUGAUAUCGAUGUCGAAAGUGUGGCAUCAACUGAUCGACAAUCAACCAUUCAGCAAUCAGCAGUUUCAACUCCGCCGGUAGCUGUUACUUCGUACGUAUCGGAACCAGGGAGUGCAGCGUUCACUGUCGCAUACGAGGAGUCCACCACUCAUCAUUCGGUUGAACGCACUGUUCCUAUGUCCGAUGGCAGCCAUGUUAAGACCACAUCAAGCCACAAAUCGUUUGAGAAGUCUUACACAACUUCAGACCGUAACAACGAUGAUGUUAUUCCAUCGAUCUUAGCAAGCGGAUUUGCCAAUCAGCCUCUUGCCAUUGAGGUUCCCGGUUCACCGGUGCAAACAGCUCCGACUCUUGCGAUAACAGCUCCACCUUAUGCAACAGUUGAUCGUUCUGGCAGUCAUGGCACUGGCUCAGCAACCGUUAGACCCAUUAUUCAAUCAGUCCAAGAUAUUCCAAGCACACUUCAAAUGAAUGGCACAAUAGACCGUAAUCGCACCGACCUAAAUAUGGCAACCACAAUUCGUCUUGGAACAUCAGACCGAUUGCAUGCCCCACAAAAGAUAGGCGUAGGUCGUUCGAUGGGAGACCUAAGUAUUAAUUCUGACCGCCUUGGGGGCUCAUUUCAUGAUGGACGCAAGAUGAACAUAAGCAAAGCGAGAAGUUUUAUGCAUAUUGCUGGACCACCAUCAAGAUAUCAUAGCGGAAUGAGUUCUAGCUAUACCGGUGCCAAUACCAUGAGCCGAUUAAGUGAUAAUCGUUCUGGUGCUACUAGUCUAGAAUCUGCUAGAUUUGGCCUCUCAACUGUUCCCAAUGCUCGCCUACUACGAAGACCAGUACACACCCAACAAAAUGGCGACAUACAUAGAGAUGGUGAUUUGAAGGGUAUUGACCCCCUUUCUGAAGACCAAAUGAGUGACACUCUAUCCGGGCUUAAUGAGGGCCUAAGCUCUCUGACAUCGCACCUUCAUGCCGAGACUCGAGAACCUGUUGUUCAGCGUUCUGGUGCUAUACCUAUUCCCAGUAGGCGUUUAAAUGUAUCCAGCGAAAAUGAUCAAGAAUUUAGUCAGUCGAUGCCGAGUGGCUACUCAUAUGGCUCUCACUCCCACAGCAUGGGGCAAUCCGGGGACCAUUUUAUGAGUUCAUACCGGAGGUCAGAAACCAAUGAGCGUGACGCAGGAUUCUCGUAUUCAUCUAAUAAUAACAAUUCGUGCGGAACUCAGUUGACAAUGUCAGGUGAUCUGAUUGAUCAAUCAGGUUAUCAGAGUGAAUCAAAUUUGUCUCAAGAUGAGAGCAAUGCACACCAGCCUCCAACUCCACAUGUUUCUACUCAUCCACUUUCUAGUUUUAGUGUACCUGGUCCACCACCACACUAUGGCACUUUGCCAAAAUCUCCACCUGCCCAGCCUAGAGUAAAAAUAAGUGCACCAAGCUACAGCUUGUUGAAACGUCAACAGCAAGCAGUUAAUCGCAAUCGAUCACACCCUCUUCCAGUAGUAACACCGAGGGCCCCUGAUGUUACUUAUAGAACAGUAGAAGCUGCAAGUCCCGGGUCCAGCACAGCAAGAUCAUUCAGCACUGAGGAUUUAAAUGCAGAGAUGUUGAAUCUUGAGGGACUUAUGAAAGACUUAAAUGCUAUUACACAAUCUGAUAUUGAUUGCUAGUGCGCCCUCUGUAGGCUAGGUCAACCCAUGUAUCAACAGUACAUUAGAUCUUAAUCUGGAAAUAAAAAACCAGAUAGGAAGUCAAACGAAUGUCAAGAAUAAAUGCCAAGAUACGUAUGUCAAUCGAGAUUGUUGCUAAGAGACAGUGAAGUUACAGUGAGGGUAACUGGUACACGGUGAAGUCACUUCGGCGAAAGUGUGAGUCAUCGGAGCAAUCCAGCUCCUGGCCUUUGGUUUAUCUUGCCUUCCGAUUCAAAUUGAUGAAUGUGAUCAGUUGAGAUUUGAACAAAUGCUUCAAGGAUAUUAGAUGCUUCUCCAUUCCAAAUGGUGCGAGGUGUUUUUGCAUCGCUGUUUACGUUACAUGAUAAUGGGAGAAUCUCCAUUAUGAAUUAUUAUAUUGAUUGGUCCAUACAUGGUGAUGGGAUAUUUUAAACUCUUACUGUCGUUUGUUAAAAAAAUAUUGUAUCCCAGAGAAAGUUGGGAAAAUAUUAUCUUUUUUGAAGAUAGUUUAUGGGUACCAUAAAUGAUAAUUGGAGGAUUUGAAGUAUGAAUCUCCAUUUUAUGGAAUUCAUCCAUGGAACAAAUCAAUUUUCACAUUUUAUUCCUAAACCACUGUCUUUCCAAUGAUGCUGUAAAAGUAAUAUAGAAUAUUAUUAGGAAAAAACAAAAUGUUGGGUUAAAUAUUGAGCUAAUGUUGUCAUGACUAGAAUACAGCAAUGAAUGUCCCAAGAAAUUUAUGAAUAAUCUAUUUCUCCGUGCCUGCGUCGUGUCAUUGUGUUAAGCACAGACACACUUUCUAGCGAUUUUCAACGCCCAUUCCUCUGGUACCGUUGAGAUAUUGCCAUCAUAAUGUUUUCAUAAUGUCACAGUGUUGUAAAUAUCAAGGAUGCAAGCUGCUGCUGGUUUACUCGGUCUAAUUUGAUUCCUUUUAAGAUGGACAUAAUUUAUUAUAAGAUAUAUUAUGUAUAUAUUAUAUAAACAUAAAUGAUUAUGUUUAUACAUAUAUAUAUAUAUAUAUAUCAUUGUUACAUUCAUAUACAUGGUUUAUAUAUGAUAUGUAUGUAAUUCGUAAACGUAUGUACAUUCAAUAAUAAUUAAGUAUAUAUUAAUUACUUAAUUUUGUUUGUAUAUGCAGUGUGUAAUGUUU